AUGCGACAACACACAGAGCAGCUUUUGGACUGCCUUCUCAUACAAGCACUUCGUGGGCACCAUCAUGACGUCGUUGAGGACACGUCCAGUAUUUGUCACGAAGAGGUUAUUCCUUUAUUGAUGAUACGAGCAAAUUCGAUGGCUGCUUGUGCAAAGUUUGAACAAGCACUUGAGAUUGCCAACAUGGCUAUUGACAUGGAUCCUUCAUCUGCAUGGGGAUAUUUAUGCAAAGGACACAUACUAGCGCAGCAGGGAUAUCAUCAACGUGCAAUACAAGUGUACGAUGCUGGUCUUUCAAUUGACUUGCAAGAUGAAUCAAAUCAUACUCGCCUUGCUUGCAGAAGAUCAAAAUCUAAAAAGGCCCUUGAGAAUCGUAUGGAUCCCAUGACAACCUUGCCAAUUGACGUUAUGCUAUUUGACAUACUCCCACUUGUCCUUGGCGAAAGGAUGCAUGAUUUCGACAAGUUGUCGCCAUAUAUGGAGGUGUCGCGUACUUGGUGUGUGCGUGUGAUCACUGCUUCAGAGUAUAAAAUGGUGAUCCCAUCAUCAAGCUGUAUCAACAUGGAACAUAAAGCAAUGGGUGAAUACGCAUGGCUAUUACAGCACCUCGUUCUCAAUGAUUGCCACGUUGAUUUUCCUCACCUUGCCAAGAAAUGGAAUCUUCAAUCCCUGAAAUAUCUCCAUAUCAAAGGUAUUGUUUUCAAAUGUAUGCGUAGGCUUUUUAUUAACCUUAGUAUAGGUUCAAUCCCGCCCCUUACCAUAGACCUUGUCAACGCGUUAAGGGUCAGUGGUUUCUACAUUUUCGACCUCAAGCUGGAUUUCAGCAAAGCUUCCGGUGAAUUUGUACUCCCAAUGUACCGUAUCCUUGAAACGUGCCCAAAUUUGAAGUCCUUGACAUGCAUUCCAGGCGUACCAAAUGCUGAUGAAGGGCCCCAGCAACCAACUGUGUAUCCUCAACUACGACAUCUUUCCGUGCAGGGUCCAAGAGGAGCGCCAACAUUCAAUGACAUGUAUCACUUUCUUUCGCAAUUUCCUGAACUUGAAACAUUGGAAGCAAAGCUUCCUUUUACUACAAGUCGUAUUUUGGCUAUGAUACAUCAUCUUUGUCCAAGAUUAAAACGACUGCUUUUCGGAAGUCGUGAUGACUAUCAUACAUCAGACUAUGAAUACCAAGGCGACCUUGAUGUGAAUGAAUCAAAGGGACUUUGCCACCUUGAUAUUGGCAUGCAACGUGCAAGCACUGAAAAUCAGGCCUACUCUCAAGAUGAUGUGGCGAUGAUUUGCAUGCAUAACCAUACAUCGCUUCAAGACUUUCGUUACAUGGGAUGGCUAUCGAACACAUGCGAGAUUACACAAAAGAGUGUCUCUAUGACAAGAUUGCCAAUGGUAUUCGAACAGCUGUCAUACAUGGAGAUACGACUUGAAUUGCCUGCUGAUCAGCUUGGUGGUCGUUAUUUUACAUGGCAUCGUCGUACGACGGCUCCGCAAUUUCCUCCUUUUGUGGAAUGGAUGAUCUUACAUGCACCUAUGCUUCAUACGUUAACGAUCGCAACAAAGGUGCCCAUUGAUGUAGAUGUGUUUACAGCAAUGCGUGAUUUGAACAACCUUGUGCGGCUGAAUUUGAACCUUCAUGAAGGUAGCACCAUGCAAGCGAUGACCGCUUUUUUGGAUCAUCACUUUCAUCUUGGAUCAUCACCAUUAUCAUUCCUCCAUAUCAGAAUCAAGGAGCAGCUUAAUCCAACAUUGAUAUCAUCACUCGCACGCCUUCCAUGUAUUCAAUCGCUUCAUGUGGAUUAUUUUGGCCCAUUGGUGACUACAGUGUUUGAUCCGUUGAUGUCUACGCUUGCGGUCAAUCAUUCCCAAGUGAAAGAAUUACAGCUAUCAUGUCAAUUCCAAGAAGUAUCAUUGAGCGCUUUACAAAGUUUGCCAGAUUUGGGGUCGCUCACGAAGCUGAAGAUACACGCUCAUAAAAUCCCAUACAAUGCGUUCGAACCAUUGCGUGAAUGUACAAAGCUCAAAGUUUUGGAAAUAAGGGUUGAAAGCCCAAGCCCUGAUGAAGAUGAUCAAAUUGUGGAGACCUUACUCAUAUCUCAGAGCAUUCAUAAAGUGGUCUACAUUACUACUUCGAUCAAAUAA